AGGAAGGAGCUGAACCAGGGAUCUGAAGACAGGAACUGAACCAGGGAUCUGAAGACAGGAGCUGAACCCGGGAUCUGAAGACAGGACUUUAGUUUCCCGGAAGAUUAAUGUGAGCAAAAAAAAAAAAAAAAAAAAAAAAACAAACAGUUGCAUUCUGGACCUCUGAAGUAUUUUUCUGAAUCCAUGCUGCCUGAGUCUGUUGCCAUGACUCCACUGGCCACUGGGGAGCGUAAGCAGUGUACGGUGUGCAUCUUUGGCACAGGAGACUUCGGCCGCUCACUGGGGCUUCGUCUGCUGCAGGCAGGAUAUGAGGUCGUGUUCGGCUCACGUGACCCCAAAAAUAGGGCCCUGUUGCCCAAGGGUUCAAAGGUCAUGACCCACACAGAGGCCGCUCGGACAGCUCAGGUGAUCUUCAUAGCCGUGGAGCGGGAUCACUAUGAGUUCCUGACCUCUCUGACCCCUGCUCUGGAGGGCAAGGUGCUGGUGGACAUCAGCAACAACCUGAAGAGGGGCCAGUUCCCACAAUCCAACGCUGAGUACCUGAGCAGCCUGGUGCCGGGAGCGUCCGUGGUGAAAGGCUUCAACACCGUGUCAGCCUGGGCCCUGCAGUCAGGGGCGCUGGACGCCAGCCGACAGGUACUGCUGUGUGGGGAUGACCCUCAGGCUAAGCAGGCAGUAGUAAACAUUGCCCACAGUCUGGGGCUGACUGCCCAGGACAGGGGCUCCCUUCGUGCUGCUGGGGAGGUGGAGGACAUCCCCCUGCAGCUCUUCCCUCUCUGGAGGCUCCCUCUCUGGAUCGCCACGGGGCUCAUCGCCUUCUUCUUCUUCUACCUGCUCAUUCGUGACGUCAUCUACGCCUACGCCACGGACGGAAAAGACAUCUCCUUCCGCAUCAUGAUCUCACUGGCCAACAAAGUGUUUCCCAUCGUCUCACUGAUAAUGCUGGCUCUGUGCUACCUGCCCAGUGUUCUGGCGGCCAUCUUGCAGCUGUAUCAUGGGACCAAGUACCGACGCUUCCCUGAUUGGCUGGACCGCUGGAUGCUGUGCAGGAAGCAGCUGGGAUUGGUGGCUUUAGCGCUGGCCUUUCUGCAUGUGCUCUACACCUUGGUCAUCCCCAUCAGAUAUUACGUGAGGUACAGGAUUGCUGCUGGCACCAUUGCACAGAUCAAAGAGAACACGACCAAGCCGUUUGACAACACGAUGGCCUGGAGGACGGACUCCUACUACGCCCUGGGGAUGCUGGGGUUCGGCCUCUACGUGCUGCUGGGCAUCACCUCUCUGCCCUCCGUCAGCAACGUGCUCAACUGGAGGGAGUUCCGCUUCAUACAGUCUAAACUGGGUCAUGUGACGUUUAACUUCCUGUCUCCUCAGUCUAAACUGGGUCAUGUGACGUUGCUGUUCUGCACCGCCCACACGUUCCUGUACGGCUGGAAUAAGUUUCUGCGGGCGUCCAGUUACAAGUGGUGGACCCCGCCUGGCUACAUGCUGUCUCUGGUGGUCCCCUGUGUGGUCCUGGUCUCGAGGCUGAUCCUGAUCGUGCCGUGCGUCGACAACACCGUCACCCGGAUACGCCAGGGCUGGGAGAGGCCAGAGGUCAAAGGAGGCUCUCAGAGCAACGGUGGCGCUCAGCACCCACUUAUGCCGUAGAGAUAACGUUUCCACGGAGAUUAUGUCAACAUCAACAUAUUUUUUAUACAAGAUAACCUUCAGACUAUAUAACCUAAAUUUUGAUACAGCCAGUUGGGAAAAAAGAGUCUAAGCAUAAUUCUCAAUGUACACAAUUAAUGUAUACAGUGUGUGUAUUUUGUUCAAUUGUUUUAGGUAUGAAAUGGUAUGAUAGAAUUGAUUUAGAAUUUGUCAUUUAUCAUGUGCAUUUAGAUUCAUGUGCGAACCAGGAGGGUUGAUUACAUAUCAGAUCUGCUGAAUGCAACAGAAGCUGAGAUGGGGCUUCUUUUAAACCUGAUGGCAUUCAGCUUGAGCAACGUCCCCGCAGAAUCCUGUAAUUCUCUACGAAGUGAAUGAGGAAUAAAUGAUGGUGCCAUGCACACACUGAGUAGCCCGCUGCUCACCCUGCUCUCUGCAGCCGACGCCAACAGUAGAACACAAAACUGUAAUUGAACUGAAUGGAGCAGAUAACGAUUACUGCUCCGCUGAGCGGGGGCUGGGCUUCAGCUGCCAGCCUCGCUGGGCGCUGAAAGCAAGCUGGCUCCGUGGACCGGGACACCACCGGGACCGGCUCGCCUUGUAUUCCACUAACGAUAGAUAAUGCCUUCCUCAAUGAUGGAUCGAGCCUAUCACGCCUUUGGCUGGAGCUCCUGAGUUGCACUUGCUUUUGGCAGUUUAAGUGCAUGAAUGAGUUCCUCCUCCUCCUUCCUGAUAAGAUCCCUUCUCCCUUCUCUAGCAUUCAAGCAGAUGACUUGGCCAGAACUGAACUGUUUUGUUUACCUCCUCAGAGAACUGCCGGUCUCACUCUGUGUGGGAGUGACUAUAUAUACACUUCAAUUCAUUCAAAUCUGCAAUUUAUCAUUCUAGAUUUCCAUUCUAGAUUCCCAUUCUAGAUUUCCAUUCUAGAUUCCCAUUCUGGGUUCCAUUCUAGAUUUCCAUUCUAGAUUUCCAUUCUGGGUUCCAUUCUAGAUUUCCAUAUUCGUUUCCAUGCAGCAAUGUAUAGAGGAUUCACGUAUACUUUUUCAUAUUUAGGGUUCAGUUUACUGUAAGCUUUACCUCCACUUAUCUGCCCAAUUCCUUCAUAUUUAUACGACACCCACACGUAGAGGCAGAGUGCAUAUGCCUUGUCCAUACAUUGCUUUCACAUUGUCUCAUUUCAUUGGGAAUGUAUACAUUAUCCAUACAGUUGCUCCUCCCAAUGCAGUGGCCAAUGGCAGUAUAGAGAGGAAGAGCUCUAGAAUCAUUGUUCAGGUUCCAAGGCUCUUCAUUCAUCAAGGCCAUCAUGUAUUGGACCAACCCAACAGUAUUCACCGUUGGUUCCAUGAUACAUGUUCAAUCAUUCCAAUUACUCUUGGGUUUAAAUUGAGUUCUUCAAGGGGUAAACAUAGACAUCCAUGUUGAUAUAUUUGUAUUAAUGUCUAUUUCAUUGUCACUGCAUAGCCUAGAUUGACAUUCUUGGGUGAGCAAAGACACGUUUCUUCUGUUAUUGCUGUUGGCGAAGGCAUCUGUGCUAUUUGUCAGUGAUGUCUUACAUUAAAAGAUGGGAAUCAGACUUAAAGCACCAACCAAAACCAUUAAAACACCAGCUAUCUCA